UGUUUCCCGAUAAAUCGACGGCGAAGCCAUGGCGGAGCCCGGCGAUCCCGACUUCGACGACUCCUCCACUGCCGACGCCACCGUAGACCAGGCCAGCUACACGUUCCUUCUGGCCGCGAUCGUCUUCCUCUUCUUCGUCGUCUCCUUCGUCUUCCUUUUCUACCUCUACGCCAAGCGCCACCUGCGCCGCCCCCACGUCCUCGUCUUCUCCGCCUCCGACCACGGCGCCUCCUCCGCUCUCCCGCGCGGCCUCGAAGCUACCGUCCUCCGAUCGAUCCCUGUCUCCGUCUACCGCGCCGCGGAGUUCGGGAACGGGAUCGAGUGCGCCGUGUGCCUCUGCGAGCUCACCGACGGCGAGGCGGCUCGGAUCCUACCCAAGUGCGGCCACGGAUUCCACCUCGAGUGCAUCGACAGGUGGUUCCGCUCUCACUCCACUUGCCCUCUCUGUCGGAGCUCUGUCGUCGCCGAACCAUUCCCAGUCCUAAACCCCAAUUACCUCGUCGCCGGAUCCGGAAUUCCAAUCCAUGAAUCGCCCGCCUUGCCAUCGGACCAGCAGCAAACGAGUGAAGCCCCUUCGAGCUCUUCGGUCCGAUCGAAGAAGCCAAAAGGGGAUCUUGUGAUUGAGAUACCGAGGAGGGUGGCGGAGGGGUUUCCCUCGCCCGUAUCUCCGCUGCUGACGAGCAGGAACGCCGGUGAGGAGAUGAGGACGCCGGGUUCGCCGAGGCUUCGGGCGCUGAGGCGGCGCUGGAGCAUCGGGAAGCGAACGCCUCCGACCGCCUCUGCGUGUAGUCCCAUGGGAAGUGAUCUCGAGCAGGAAUUUGUCUGGUUUUGCGGAGAGGGAAGCGAUCCGCCAGCGAAAUCUCCGGCGAACUCCCUACUGGAAAUUACCAAACCGCACGAAGUACACGAAGCAGGUGUUUGAGGAAAUGCCCCAGUGAAGAACUAGGAUUGCAUUAGAAGAUUAAAUUUUGAAAACGUCGUAUAAAGUGAUUUCUGAUCCACAUUGCUUGUAGUUUCGCUUGUAAAUGAGUUCUACGAUUACAAUUUGAAGUCAAAUCAUUAUCAUCGUGAGGAAAUUGCCUAAAAACCCUAGUAAAAUCACGGGAAGUUUGAUGACAACAACAACAACAACAAAAAAAAAAAAUCCAAAGAAAAGCAAGAUUGAUUGCUGUUGGCGAUGAACAGA